GCAGCUGUCCUGUCUGACCUACAGCUGUCUGUCACUCCAUCUGUCCACUGCGACCCCAGGAGCGUCCACAGAGCAAGGAAAGGAGUGGAACAUGGUGUAAGACGCCCUCCCAAGCAUAGGAAGCCGGGACCUCACAUACCUGAAGCAUCGUGUCCACCAUGGCCUCAGCUGACAAGAAUGGCAGCAACCUCUCCUCUGUGUCUGGUAGCCGCCUGCAGAGCCGGAAGCCGCCCAACCUGUCCAUCACUAUCCCACCACCGGAGACCCAGGCCCCCAGCGAGCAGGAUAGCAUGCUUCCUGAGAGGCCCAAGAACCCAGCCUACCUGAAGAGUGUCAGCCUCCAGGAACCCCGGGGACGAUGGCAGGACGGCACAGAGAAACGCCCCGGCUUCCGCCGCCAGGCCUCUCUGUCCCAGAGCAUCCGCAAGGGCACAGCCCAGUGGUUCGGGGUCAGUGGCGACUGGGAAGGCAAGCGACAGAACUGGCAGCGUCGCAGCCUGCACCACUGCAGCGUUCACUAUGGCAGGCUCAAGGCCUCGUGCCAGAGGGAACUGGAGCUGCCCAGCCAGGAGGUGCCCUCCUUCCAGGGCACUGAGUCUCCGAAACCCUGCAAGAUGCCCAAGAUCGUGGAUCCGCUGGCCCGGGGGCGGGCCUUCCGCCACCCAGAUGAGGUGGACCGGCCUCACGCUCCCCACCCACCUCUGACUCCAGGGGUCUUGUCCCUCACAUCCUUCACCAGCGUUCGCUCUGGCUACUCCCAUCUGCCCCGCCGCAAAAGGAUCUCGGUUGCCCAUAUGAGCUUUCAGGCGGCCGCCGCCCUCCUCAAGGGGCGCUCAGUGCUAGAUGCCACUGGGCAGCGGUGCCGGAAUGUCAAACGCAGCUUUGCCUACCCCAGCUUCCUGGAGGAGGAUGCGGUCGACGGCGCAGACACCUUCGACUCCUCCUUUUUUAGUAAGGAAGAAAUGAGCUCCAUGCACGAUGAUGUAUUUGAGUCUCCUCCACUCUCUGCUAGCAACUUCCGAGGGGUCCCACACUCCGCCUCCCCAGUCUCCCCUGAUGGAGUGCAAAUCCCUCUAAAAGAGUACAGCGGCCGGACCCCAGCUCCUGGGACCCAGCGCGGCGAGCGCAUUGCCUCCAAAGUAAAGCACUUUGCGUUUGACCGGAAGAAGCGGCACUACGGCCUGGGUGUGGUAGGCAACUGGCUGAACCGCAGCUACCGACGCAGCAUCAGCAGCACCGUGCAGCGACAGCUGGAGAGCUUUGACAGCCACCGGCCCUACUUUACCUACUGGCUGACCUUUGUCCACAUCAUCAUCACCCUGCUGGUGAUCUGCACCUAUGGCAUUGCACCUGUGGGCUUUGCCCAGCAUGUCACCACCCAGCUGGUGCUGAAGAACAGAGGUGUAUACGAGAGCGUGAAAUACAUCCAGCAGGAGAACUUCUGGAUUGGCCCCAGCUCGAUUGACCUGAUCCACCUAGGAGCCAAGUUCUCACCCUGCAUCCGAAAAGACCAGCAAAUUGAGCAGCUGGUGCGGAGGGAGCGUGACAUUGAGCGUGCCUCAGGCUGCUGCGUCCAGAAUGACCGCUCAGGUUGCAUCCAGACCCAGAAGAAGGACUGCUCGGAGACGUUGGCCACUUUUGUGAAGUGGCAGAAUGAUACCGGGCCCUCGGAUAAGUCUGACCAGGGCCAGAAGCAGCCAUCAGCGGUUGUGUGUCACCAGGACCCCAGGACUUGUGAAGAACCAGCCUCCAGUGGGGCCCACAUCUGGCCUGAUGACAUUACCAAGUGGCCGAUUUGCACAGAGCAGGCCCAGAGCAACCACACAGGCUUACUGCACAUAGACUGCGAGAUCAAAGGCCGCCCCUGCUGCAUUGGUACCAAGGGCAGCUGUGAGAUCACCACUCGGGAGUACUGUGAGUUCAUGCAUGGCUAUUUCCACGAGGAGGCAACGCUCUGUUCCCAGGUGCACUGCUUGGACAAGGUGUGUGGACUACUGCCUUUCCUCAACCCUGAGGUUCCCGACCAGUUCUACCGGAUCUGGCUGUCUCUCUUCCUGCAUGCUGGCAUAGUGCACUGCCUUGUGUCUGUGGUCUUCCAAAUGACCAUCCUGAGGGAUCUAGAGAAGCUGGCUGGCUGGCACCGAAUCUCCAUCAUCUUCAUCCUUAGCGGUAUCACAGGCAACCUGGCCAGUGCCAUCUUUCUCCCCUAUCGGGCAGAGGUGGGCCCAGCUGGGUCACAGUUUGGCCUCCUCGCGUGCCUCUUUGUGGAGCUUUUCCAGAGCUGGCAGCUGCUGGAGCGACCGUGGAAGGCCUUCUUCAACCUGUCGGCCAUUGUGCUUUUCCUCUUCAUCUGUGGCCUCCUGCCCUGGAUAGACAACAUUGCCCACAUCUUCGGUUUCCUCAGCGGUAUGCUGCUGGCCUUUGCCUUCCUACCCUACAUCACCUUCGGCACCAGUGACAAGUACCGCAAGCGAGCACUCAUCCUGGUGUCGCUGCUGGUCUUCGCUGGGCUCUUCGCCUCCCUGGUGCUGUGGCUCUACUUCUACCCCAUCAACUGGCCCUGGAUCGAGUACCUCACCUGCUUUCCCUUCACCAGUCGGUUCUGUGAGAAGUAUGAGCUGGACCAGGUGCUACACUAACUUCGCAGAGAUGGGGUCUGUGGAGACUUGCUGCCAGCGGGGCCCUGGGCUCGCUCUCCAGACAAGGGUGACUGCAUAGGACACAGGUAGUGCAGGCAGGUUCCCCAGGGAGAUGAGACCUCCCUUUCUCGGGUCUGGAUGUUCCUGACCCAAGCUUGGGGGACAUCCAGGACACCUGUUUCUUCACAGCUCAGGUCCUAGGCCCUGUCUGCCUUUCUUCCCGGUAGAGACAAUUACUUUCCUUCCCAGGCUCAGGGCUCCGGCCUGUGCGGGUGCUGUCUUCUAUUGUCACUGUGACUGUGACCUCGCCAGACACACAGCUGCUCCCUCAGCUGUCCCCAGGGUUGAGGUCCCUACCAUGCUGCUAUGACCCAUCUUCCUGUUUCUCCUCUCCUCCCAGUCCUACAAGCCCUUCCUGCGUUUGUCCAUGGACUCGUGAACCUGCUCCUCGGGCUCCUGGACAGAGCAUUGUGGUAAAGGCUUUGGCCGUUGUCCAGGGUCAGUGACAAGCAAGGAGAGAUGGUUCUACGGGAUGUUAAGGGAUGUUAAGAAGCCAGAUCUGUUAAGCCACCAGCUCAGCCCUAGCUCCAGCAUCCGUGUCUGGCCUCACAGGCCGGCUCUGAUGUUGGGAUGUCCCCACCACCUCCGCCUCACUCCUGCCUGUGUGGCCAGGGGCUGAGCCACCGUGAGGACUGGCUCCCAGGGGAUGCUUGAGGCUCAGCCAGGCCUGGUGUUUUGUUUGUUUUUCCAGUUUAUAUUAUGGUCCUAAUUUUUUACAGUAACGCUAACUUUGUAUGGACGAUGCCUCAAGUUUAUUAAA